GCGGCAAGCGCGGGUUGAUUCCUUCAUGCUGCCGCUCGUGCUGUACGUGUAUGUGGCUGUGCGGACGGCCGCUGCUUGGCUAUGGUUGAGGUUCUGUCGAUGGCUGACCCAGCCACUUCGUCUUGUGUUGAAAGCGAACGAGUACCAACACAAGAUUGUGAUCAUUGGCGAUGGGUUUGCGGCUGGGUUUGGCGACUGGAUCACCAUGGCUACGUCCGGUGGUCUGUCACAAUACCUUGCCCAGGAAGUGGCCAAGGAGGACAAGAUUCGACACCGCUGGCAAGUCAUUAACCGUGGCAUCCUCGACACGGAUUCGUCGCAGUGGCACCCCACGUCGUCGACCAAGUAUUUCCAAGACGUGUUUUCUGUGCCCCAGCUCCGUGAUGCCGACAUUGUGAUGGUCAUUGUUGGGUCCAUCGAUUCCAGACGCAAGAACCCUUCGAUUUCCCCCGAGCAAACUGUUUGCAACAUUCAAGCGAUUUGCGACGCGUUGCGGAAGAAGGGCAAACGUGUGUGCGUCGGGUCCCUGUGCCAUGCGGAUUUUGAUACCGAGAACGAAACCCAUCGAGUGACGAACCAGGCGCUCGUGGAUUACUGCGAGUCAACCAAGAUGGACGACUUGCCCGUGAAGCUCACGCCGGACCUUUCCACACCCGUUGUGCGGCGGAGCGACUCGAAGGCAUUUGAUGGAUACCAUUUCAACGCAAAGGCGUACCAGCAAAUUGCGCGGGACUCCAUGGCGGUCCUGACCCCGCUGCUCACGGCCGUUGAGUGGGCGACGUGGAAGAAACAGCUCGAAGGGGUCAAGUACGACCCUGCGCUGUACGAUUAACUGGUCAACAAAGUCGCGGUGUUGCACUGGUACAUUAGAUUAGGAGGACCAGUCUGGAAUCUCCCUCUCAGGUUUUGCCGCCCAGUACGCUUCCAUCUGACGAUCCAAUUCCGCCUGCUUCGGGUCCGGCCCUUUGCCUCCUUGGUGCCAGUACGUAUCCAUGUCAAAGUCCAAGUCUUCAGGUUUAGUGGAGGGUGCAUUUUGAUCGUUACCACGAAUGCCGUGGUUCCCGCGUCCUCCGUAGCCUCCACGACCGCCACGUCCCCGGCCACCUCGACCCCUGUUACUGCUGAUCCCUCGAAUAUUCUGGGGUGUCCGAGCCAGCUUUUUUGUUUCAUGUUUUGCAGUGGCGGGUUUGUGGGCAACGGGAGGAGGAGGAGCGGAAAGACCUCGGCGUGUAUUCACGUUCGUUUGACGCUUCGCCUUUUGAACAGCUUGAACGCGUGUUGCACUUUGCUGUGUGACGUUCUUCUUCACAGGAAGCGCAGACGCAUGCAAUGCUGCAAAUCGCUCUGACAAGGGUUUGCUCAAGAAACCAAUGAUGUUUCUUUCCUUGUUUGCUUCCGCAUGCUCGUGCUUGUGGCCGUCUCGUCCGCCAGUGCGACCACCGCGGCCCUCGUAAGAUCGGCCUCGUCCCCUUCCGUGGCCGG